GGGAGGUGGCGGCGGCGCGCGCUGCGGGCAGUGAGUGUGGAGGCGCGGACGCGCGGCGGAGCUCGAGCUGCUGCAGCUGCUGCCGCCGCCGGAGGAACCUUGAUCCCCGCGUUCCGGACACCCCGGCCUCGCCAUGGCUGACCAGCUGACCGAGGAGCAGAUCGCAGAGUUCAAGGAGGCCUUCUCCCUCUUUGACAAGGACGGAGAUGGCACCAUCACCACCAAGGAGCUGGGGACAGUGAUGCGGUCCCUGGGACAGAACCCCACCGAGGCGGAGCUUCAGGACAUGAUCAACGAGGUGGACGCGGACGGGAAUGGGACCAUCGACUUCCCGGAGUUCCUGACCAUGAUGGCCCGGAAGAUGAAGGACACGGACAGCGAGGAAGAGAUCCGAGAGGCCUUCCGUGUCUUUGACAAGGACGGCAACGGCUACAUCAGCGCUGCCGAGCUCCGUCACGUAAUGACGAACCUGGGCGAGAAGCUCACCGACGAGGAGGUGGACGAGAUGAUCAGAGAGGCCGACAUCGACGGGGACGGCCAGGUCAACUAUGAAGAGUUCGUACAGAUGAUGACGGCCAAGUGAAGGCCCCUGGGCAGCUGGUGAUGCCCGUUCUCGUGAUCUCUCUCUUCUCGCGCGCGCGCUCUCUUCAACACUCCCCUGCGUUCCCCGGUUCUAGCAAACACCAGUUGAUUGACUGAGAAUCUGAUAAAGCAACAAAAGAUUUGUCCCAAGCUGCAUGACUGCUCUUUCUCCCUCCCGGAGUCUCCUCCCCUGCCCCUCAUCUCUUCCUUUCACCCUCCCCCCUCCCGUUCACAUCUUCCGAGGCCUGAUGCGUUCAUAAGGUGGAGCCCCGUUCCCCUCGGGGGAGCCUCUGCCCCCCCCUCCAGCCCGGGUGGCUCUCCUCUAUUUUGGUUUGUUUCCGUUCGUGUGUCCUCUUAUUUUGGGUGCUGGGGUGGCUGCCAGCCCUGUCCCGGGGCCUGCUAGGCAGGGGUGAGGCCUCGCCCAGACAGAGAGCAUGCCUUUCGUUAUUGCAUGCAGCCAGCCCCGUGAUUCCGUGUGCACAUCCCAGCAGCCUUUGGGGGCAGGGGUGCCGAGAGCGGCGUUCUGGAAGGACCGGGGGGGGCGGGGGGGAGUUGAGGAGUUGUGGUGUCGACCGGCUGUGGCCCAGGAGAGGGGCUCGAGGGGCAAGGGAGUCCCGGAGGCCGUCAUUCUUUUACGGCUCAAGGGGGCCGACUCGCCGAAGGGGACAGACCGAGUGGCCCGCGCUCGGACCCCAGCGGCCACCACCCUGACACCGUCCGGCUGACUUGCCGGGGUGGGGCGGGGGGCUGCCCUGCAGGUCGGCUGCGCCCCUGUUUCUAAUGCGAUCUCCGGCUGUUCUGUAACCUGGUGCUAACGUCCCACGCCGCUCCGCCCCCCGCCCCCGGGUCCCCGCGCCGGGACGGAUGUGGGGGGGCUGCUUUGUGAUGUACAGGUUAUCCUCUGGUUUCGUUUUUCUUUUUUUUUUUUUUUUUUCCUUUAUGCCCCCUAAAACUGACUCUGUCAAAACCCAUGCCGGGCCAGCUGAAGGGGUGGGGAGGGAAGGGCAAGCCCCGCCACGCUCUCGAGAGAACUAACCUGCAAUAAAAGCGUGUCGUCGGCCGGCCGCCCAGGGAGGACCGCUCAGCCGGCCCCUCCCGCUUCUCCGUGGUGACUUGGUUGGCUCCCUCACAUCCGUGCUGUCUCUGUGCCCUCCCUGCCCUCCCCCGCCUGCCUGCCCCCACCCUCCCCCAGCGGAGAGCAUGAUCCGUGACCUUGCUUCUGGUUUUCGCCUCUGGGACAAGUAAGUCAAUGUGGGCAGUUCGGUCGUCUGGAUUCUUCUUUUUUCCUUUUUCUGUUCAUUUCAUCUUGCCCCCCGCCCCCACCCCUCCCAGGUUGUUCAAGUGGCUUUUCCGGGACCUGCCCAGCUUUGAGAAUCUCCUCAUCCACCCUGGGGCGCUCAGCCUCUGGGGGAGGGGAGGGGAGGGAUGGGGCGCAGGGGGAGACCCAGCCAAGAGCUGAUGGUUAAGGGCAGGUAGGCGUGAGGCUGUGGACGUUUUUCGGAGUGUUUCGGUUUAGGUUUCGGUUUGUUUGUUUAUUUUUUUUUUUAAACCGGGCAAUAUUGUGUUCAGUUCAAGCUGUGAAGAAAAAUAUAUAUCAAUGUUUUCCAAUAAAAUACAGUGACUACCUA